ACAACCUGUACUGUCCACUCCAGGUUAACCACCAGGAGUUGUGCGCUGACCUCCUAGGUUGAGAGAGUCACAACCUACAAACUCUAUCAAACCUGAUUUUCUCUAAACACGACGUGCAGAUUGAAACCGGAGAAGCCAGGAAUAUAGCACCCCUAAAAAUGUGUGAUGAUGAUCAGAGCAGUGCCUCCCGGUGGAUAGUCAUCACAGGUGAUUCUAUCGCCUUAGACAGGCGCAAUCGACACUUGACGCUUGGUCUGGGACAAGGGUUUAGCGAAUCUGAGCUGUGAAGGGCUGGCUUAAAACUGAUUGCGGCGCUGCUCAUGACUAUACAAAGACUACAAACCUGCGCUAUAGAAUUGGCAAGAUGAAACUAGGGCUAAGAGCAUUCUACUCUCUGCAAGAGCUUCCAGGCAAUCGUCAUGCUUUUCCGGCUAUAGAUCUUCCAACCGUCAUGCGGUCAAUCACCUGCUCCUUCCUAACCGUUCAAAUAAAUUUAAAAAGGACGCUUUAGAAGCUGCUUUGAUCGGUAUUCAAAAGUGUUGUUAACCUCAAAACUCUUACUUAAUCCUACUACUUGAAUUAAGUUUCUCAUCAAUCGGAAAUGUCGGCAAGCUCUGGGCUAAGAGGAUCUUGUGAUGUUUGCCUCCAUCCAAACAAUGAACAUACAACCGCGCCCUGUCCAGUACCACGUUGCCGCAACCGAUGGAAGCGAUGCCAGAUCACCGGAGGAUGUUUCAAACGGUCCAACAACUGGAGGUAUAGGAUGUGCUAUGGCUGCACAGACCAUCCUGCAGUACGAAACAAUCUAACCUUCGGCGGACUGAGGCAACGAGAUGUCACUCGAAAACAAAGACAGAGUUAUAACGAUACGGGCGAUGCCGGCGGAGAUUCAUCGGGGGGCGAAUUUAGUGAAACCACUACCGCGGCCAGCAGCCCAUAAAGUGAGCUGAACGAGGUAUCUUAGCAGAUGGGAUUUUGUUUUUAUUUUUACUUUUGACUGAAUUUCGUGGAGCCUGAUGUAUUGAAUAUUCUUAGAUGGUUCCGGCUGGUCUAAAUUGAGCUCUGCAACUCGGAGAAUAUGGUUUUACCUGCUAUUCUAAAUAUCUUGUUUGGGGUGCAUACCGUGUGCUCUCUCAAUUAUGCAUACUGGUAGCCCCCCUCAUUAG